AUGGCUGGCUCAGAGAUGUUGAAGGCCUCGCGCAAGCGAAAGGCGGAUGAGGAGCCACCUGAGCUGCAGACUCGGACGUACACCGUGCAGAGAGUGUUGGGCAAAGGAUCCUUCGGCGUGGUGUACCAGGCGCAAGUCCUCGAAACUGGUGAAACAGUAGCAAUCAAGUCCAUCAAAAUGCAGGACAAGGACAGAGAGGUUCAGAUUUUAAAGGAGCUGGAUGGCCACCCGAACAUUGUUACGUUGCACGGCGCUUUCCUAAGCGACGAGGUCGCAGCAUCCAAUGGUCAGAGUGCCACAAGGCUAAACCUGGUGUUGGAGUACCUUUCCGAUACGCUGCAUCGCGUGAUAAAGCACUACAACCAGACUGGCAAGAAAAUGGAUGCUUUCUACGUCAAGCUGUACCAAUUCCAGCUUAUGCGAGGCCUUGCCUUUGUUCACGGCCGUGGAAUCGCCCACUGCGACCUGAAGCCGCAAAACUUGCUGCUGGAUGGCAAGUCCCAGACCUUGAAGAUCUGCGACUUUGGCACUGCCAAGCGCAUGAUUUACGGAGAGCAGCAGCGACCCUACAUGGUCUCACGCUAUUACCGUGCUCCCGAACUGAUCUUGGGAGCCACCAGCUUCACAACAGCUGUGGAUCUCUGGUCUGCCGGCUGUGUCUUCGCAGAACUGAUAUUGGGCCAGCCAUUGUUCACUGGCAAAGAUGGCAUCGAUCAAUUGGUGCAGAUAAUCAAGGUUCUAGGCACUCCGUCCACGCAGCAGCUACGGGCCAUGAAUCCCAACUAUCCUGAGUACGAGUUCACACCUUCGGUGGCGCCGCAUUCGUGGGAGAAGGUGCUGCGUGGCUGGGCGCCAGUGCAUGCUUGCGAUUUGGUAGCAUUGAUGCUCACGUAUGACCCAGUCAGGGCCUCUGCAACGGUUUUGUUGUUUGGAGUCUGUCUUGGCAUUGAAGCAAGGCUGCUCGAUCUCCGUACCGCCAGCAGUUUGACAUCUUCCAGCUUUGCAAGUGCUGUGCACUUCUGUGGUACAUUCCAUGGUUCAUGCAAACAUAUGCAAACCUUGUUUCAUUGGGCUAGUGUAUUUGCAGCCCACCGCCAGUCCACUGCACCUUCUGCUGCAUCCAUUCUUUUCCGAGCUUCCUGGUGGCACUGUUGUCAAAAAUGCCACAUCUCCCAUCAUGAGUUGAGUGCAAGAAGCGCUUGUUGUUCUUGCACCUGCCACUUGCUGAGGCUCAGAUCAGCAGAAAAAAAGGAGUGGCUUAGCUGCGCCGAUAAAGGCAUCUUUUGUAGUGAUAGGUUCGUAUGUGUGUGUGUGCAUGCGAUGACAUGA